CUUUCCACCAGAAACACUAAUCUAUGGCUAAUGGCAACUACUUUGUUUUUAAUGUUAGGAGGCGGUAGUAGCAAUAUAAACAAAUUAUUAAUGUCGACAGAAGAUAUAGAAUGGAACGUUAUAAACGAGGGUCAGUUGUUAGACGCUAUGGUAGGACACAAACCCGUCGGGGUAAAUAAAUACUUUCAAAUGGCCCUUAUAUGUGACAAGUUCUCCGAAAGUUUAAACAAAGAUAUCGACCCUCAAAAAAUUUGGGCUCAUCUAGAAACUAUGUAUAACUUAGAAGCUUUAGAUGAAAAUGAGUCCAUACCAUUCCCAAAUAAUGAAAGGGAAUUUUGCUUGCCAGAAUCAGAAUUUGGAAUGUUGCUUAUUAAAAAGGAGGAAGACGAUGAAAAGACCAGUAUGGAAAUGCCUAAACUAGCAAGGGACACCAAAAAAGAUGAGAAAACUUUGACAAAAAACACCAAAGAUACAACACUAAGAAGAGAUAGUAAGGAGGGUAAAGAUAAUAAUAAGAUGCUUAGUAAUAAUAAAAAAGACAUAAAAAAAGAGGCAGAGAAGAGUGGAAAGCCUUCAAGUAAAAAUAGGAAUUCUACAAAUGUUAAAGAUGACAAUAAGGGGAGAGAUACACCUAAGCCAACCAAAAGAACUAGAGGUAGUUUAAAGCCAAAUGAUGACUCGGGAUCUAGUGGAAAGUCUAGUCCAAUUACUGUUACACCAUCUAGUGCAAAAAGGAGACGAUUAUAAUUCUAUUUUAAGUAGUUAAUGCUGGUUAGAAAUUUAUUCAGACUCUAAAAAAUAUAAUGCCUGAUUUUACAUUGUUAUAUAAUCGAAAAAUUAUUUGCUCUAGGUUUAUCUAUUGCUCUACCAUACACCACUGAAAAUAAAACCAUAAUAGUAAAUAAAUAGAUCUAAUUUUGGUAGAGAUAGAGCAAUUUUUAUGUAUGAAACAGGCGGAUCUAUGGGGAGGACUGAGGAGGCCCAGGCCUCUCAGCUCUAAUCACUAUAAAUAUAAAAUUUGCUAUUUUUACAAUAUCAAUAACUUGCAAUCUACCUACCUAAAAUAUUUUGAAAAUAUCAACUUAGUUUAUAAGUAAAAAAUGUUAGCUAUUUUUAUUUCCUCUAAGUAUAUUUUUUGUUCUCUGUAUUGUU